GGCUUAGGCGCGCGGGUGCGGCACCCGGAAGUCGGCGGCGGCGGAGGCGGCAUUAAAUGGAAACUAAACGGCCUGCUGGUUCGGGAUUCUAGUCCGACAGACCAGACUGUCUCUGACAAUUGAAAGCAACCCACACGACCUUGUGACCGUGUGAGCAAAGCCACCCUUGCAACCCAUGUGCAUCAUCUUCUUUAAGUUUGAUCCUCGUCCUGUUUCCAAAAAUGCAUACAGGCUCAUCUUGGCAGCCAACAGAGAUGAAUCCUACCACAGGCCGUCCAAGUUGGCAGACUUCUGGGGGACCGACAGUGAGAUCCUCAGUGGACUCGACUUGGAGGAAGGCAAGGCAGGAGGAACAUGGCUGGGCAUCAGCACGCGUGGGAAGCUGGGGGCGCUCACCAACUACCUACAGCCCCGGCAAGAGCCAGACGCCCGCGGUAGAGGUGAACUUGUAUCUCACUUUCUGACCAGUGACAUGGACAGCCUGUCCUACCUGAAGAAGGUGUCGACAGAGGGCCACCUGUACAACGGCUUUAACCUCAUAGCAGCCGACCUGAGCACAGCAAAAGGAGAUGUUGUUUGCUACUAUGGAAACAGGGGGGAGCCUGAGCCUAUUGUCUUGACACCAGGAACCUAUGGGCUCAGCAAUGCCCUGCUGGAGACGCCCUGGAAGAAGCUGUGCUUUGGCAAACAACUCUUCACGGAAGCAGUGGAGCAGAGUGAGGCUCUCCCUAAGGAUGUCCUUGUCUCCCAGCUCCUAGAUGUCCUCAACAAUGAGGAGGCACAGCUGCCAGACCCAGCCAUUGAGGACCAGGGCCAGGAGUAUGUACAGCCAAUUCUGAGCAAGUAUGCAGCUGUGUGUGUCCGCUGUGCCACCUACGGCACCAGAACCAACACCAUCAUCCUUGUGGAUGCAGAUGGCCAUGUGACCUUCACUGAACGAAGCAUGCUGGACAAAGACACCUCCCGCUGGGAGACCAACACCUAUGAGUUCACACUGCAGAGUUAGCCCCUGCCAGGUUCCUCGGAUGCUGUUCCUCAAGGGCCGGCAUGGACAGGAACCUGCAUGUCUGUGGCUCAGCCAGCAUCCCUAAGACCAGGGCAUUCUGAUCUGUGUCCUCAUACUCAGCUCAGGGUUUCUCUUUGUACCAAGGACGACAGAGUUAAAUGCUAGGUCUGAAUCAGGCCUGGGUAUGCCAUGUGUGAAUGCACAUCCUGUGCUCAACCCCACCACCACUGUGUGCACCUGACAGAUGCGCAGGACAGAUGAGAAGCCUCUCACUUCACACGGCUAACCAGCGGGUCUCAUCCCUGGACAGGUAACAAAAGCAGACCUUUUUAAAGAAACUGGAGGUCCUGUAUUUGUUUGUGUUCAUGUGUGUUCAGUGGUUCUGCAUGUACAAGGACUCUGUGUGCAUUUUCUCAGUCCUGUAGUGUGGACCCAGGUAUCUCCUAGACCCCUAUUUGCCCAGGAUUGUGGGUUCUGAGCAAGACCAUCUUAACAAGUGGCUGAACCAGUCCAUGCCAUCUCCCAUUGCCCUUGUUAUAAGCUGUACACCAUAGGAAUGUGAACUUGAAUGUGCAGUUCAUAAUAAAACUUUGAGGGUGUAA